UAAAAUGACACAGCUAGAAUUUAAAUAUUUGAAUAAUUAUUUUUCUAAAUUGUUAUUUUCUGAAGUAAAAAAAUCAUUGUAAUGCAUUUGAAAACUAUACUAAUCUUUUGUUCAUUUUGUUUUUUUACCGGAAUAAUAAGCGAGGGACUUAACGUACUUCAAAUAGACCUCUUUAAAUACUUGAUAACGGAUUCUGUUUGUGGUAGUUCCAUUAACAAAAUACAAUAUGCAUUAUUAUGUCAUGAUAUCGAAGAGACUUACAAUGAGUAUACCCUUGAUGAUCCAGUAAGUGUAAGAAUUUUCAAGAUUUUGAAUUUUUUGGCUAGAAUUAAAAAGAGAGGCGAUGACAAAAGUAUAGAAAAACUUGAUAUAAAUGAGUUUCAAAUAAUCUCAAAUAAAUUCAGUAAUCUUGAUACAGACAACGAUUGCGUAUUAAAUAAGGAACAAUGCAUUACAUUGGUUGAAUCUAUUGGUUACUGUCAUUCUAGUAGUGGAUAC